ACUGCAUUUAGUAUGAUUUACAUGUAUUUCAGUGUACUUCUUGAUUGCGGGCCUGCGGCGUACACUACGGAAGACGCGAUCGGGUCGUGUCACAGCGACGCGCGUGUUUUUGCCUAGCAUCCGAAGCUUGUCAUCCAAACUCUCAAUCCAGCGCUUCAAAGAGGAUUUUGCCAUUCUUUCCAAAAGCUUUGAAGCUCUGAUCUACCAGUAGGAAUGCUUCAGACGCGGUAAAAAUGCUGGUCCGUUCGUGUGAUCGUAUGCUGUCAGGACGAAUGUUCCGGAGCCCCCAUAGAAAACUUUUGUCUGAAGUUCUAGGAAUGAAAGAUCAAACGCAACAUUUCCUCUUAGGCCAAAAAUCUCAAGUCCAAAAACCUCAAAUCUACAUGAUCUCCUCAGAAAAUAAAGGUCGCCAGUCUACUGGAUGAAGCGUAUUUCGUCUUCCUGAAAUCCUUCAUAGUCCGGAUUCCAAUCUUUGCAAUCCCUUUCUUGAUCUCAAAUUUUUAUACGUGGACCCGGCGUUAUUGUUGGGACGUAGACGUAGUACAAGCUCGGAGGCGACAGGCGAUAUACUCGGAAAGCAACAGGAUGUGAAUGGAUCUAAGUACAUGGAAGAGACCACGUUAUUCCUAGACCUAGUUCAAGUUAACUCAAGGAUCGAUAGAUAGAUUUUGCGGACUUAUACGACCCCUUCAUUCA